AUGCUACUGCUACGCCGCGAGCAAAUGGACGAAGAGGAUAGAUGGGAUGAAGUCAUAUCAAAGGUUCGGUGGGGUCUGAAUUCAGCGAAGAAUUCUACUACAGGAAAAUCGCCCUAUGAACUAUUUUUUGGAUAUGCUCCUAGAGGAGUGGCAGACGCAGUACUAGCCAACGAAGUCGUGCUAGAUUCUAGUAGCGAAAGAAACCGGCUAGAAAUACGAAAUGCUGCUAAAGAAAAGAUUGACCAAAAUCAACGCGAACGCAAAGCUAGAUUUGAUAAGCAACGAUGCUUAGGUCAAAAGUUUACAGUAGGAAGCCAAGUACUAGUUCGAACUUUUCUUUUAAGAAAAUAA